GACACUAGCAGAUGAAGGGCUACACAAUGGAGACAAACAUUAGCAUGGACACGUGUUGGGGAACCCUAGGCUCCGUCAGGCCCUUCCCCAACUUCCGUCCAGAGAAAGACAUAGCAGACAUCCAGAGUGCAUGUCAGCAGAAAGAUGUGACGACCCUGGUGAGAAUCAUGACGAACAGAGACAAUGCCCAAAGACAGAGCCUGGCCCAAAACUACCUCUCAACCACAAGCAAGGAGCUGACAGCAGACUUGAAGAGGGCCCUGUCUGGGGACCUGGAGUCACUGAUGCUGGACCUUCUGCUGACCCCAGAUCAGUUUGAUGCGCAGCGUCUGCACCGGGCCAUGAAGGGAUUGGGCACAGAUGAAGAGACCUUACUAGAGGUAUUGUGCACAAGAUCACCACCACAGCUGAAAGGCAUCACUUCAGCCUAUAACAAGAUGUACCAGAAAGAUCUGGAGAAAGACUUGGAGGGUGAUACCAGUGGAGAUUUUACCAAGCUACUGCUCGCAUUAAUCAAGAAGGAAAAUGGAACAGGAACAGUUGACCAGGAUGUCAAUUGUCUUUCUGAAGAACUGAAUGGUGAGAAGGCAGAUGCUACACCUUGGAUCAGCCUCCUUACGACCAGAUGCCCAGACCAUCUUAGGAAAGUACUCACCAGCCUGGAAGGAGCUAUUGGGCAGCCAGUGGAUGAGGCUUUGGAGAAACGUUUUGGAGGGCUCAUGUCUGGAGACCUGAAGCUUGGCUUGACAACACUUGUGCAUUGCAUACAAAACCCAGCCACUUACCUGGCUAAACGACUGCAAAGCAUGAAGGGAGGUGUGGUGCAGGGUGUGCUGGUGUCACACUGUGAGGAGGAUCUGCUGAUAGUCAGGGUAGCAUACCUCAGAGAGACAGGCACCUCUCUCUACUCCGCUUUACAGAGUCAAUUCAAAGGGGAUUUUCAGAAUGCUCUUUUGGCUCUGUGUCGAGCAGAAGAUUAGCUGAUAAUGGAGAGGACACCACGGAAACACCACGUCACGGAGAUGUCAUGUCAGUGUAUGUCCCUGAGGAUCACUCAUAUACCAAGAUGAAGAUGUAGAGGAAAUUAUGUCAAUAAUAAUAAAGUUUCUACACACACUGAUUAAUAAACUACUUUUUUCACUCUUCAAGUCACUUUUUAGAGCAAGCUGUAAAAAUGCUAUACA